AAUACCAGGCUGUGGUUUCCGCUGGUGAGGGGGAGUAGGUUCCUGGUUACUCAGGGCUGGGAGGAGGAGGAGGAGGAGGAGGAGGCAGAGAUAGCUUCUCGGGAUCAUUUCUUUUUCCCUCUUCACUGGUUUCGGGGCCCUUUUUCCGCUGCUACACACACAUACAUGGGUUGAUCGGUGGGAGUCCUCUUCAUUUCAAAGCACUAGUAGAUUGUGAACAAUCCUGGGACACAAUGGGGAGAAACUGGCACUAUGUUGAUGAAGGAGAGGGGCAGCGAGACAAAGAAAGACAGAUUCAAAAGCAACAGCAAUAUCUGUCUAUGAACAAUCGGAAGGAUGACAUGGAGAUCACUUCCCAUUAUCGUCACUUACUGCAGGAAUUGAAUGAACAGCGACAACAUGGCAUCUUGUGCGAUGUUUGCAUCAUUGUGGAGGGAAAAAUCUUCAAAGCACAUAAAAAUGUCCUGCUUGGUAGUAGUCGCUACUUCAAAACUUUAUACUGUCAGGUGCAGAAGAUGUCCUCAGACCAGGCCACUGUGACUCACUUGGACAUAGUCACUGCGCAAGGUUUCAAAGUAAUCAUUGAUUUUAUGUAUUCAGCACACCUUGCACUGACUAGCAAGAAUGUCAUUGAGGUGAUGUCGGCUGCAAGCUAUUUGCAGAUGACAGACAUAGUUCAGGCAUGUCACAGUUUUAUCAAGGCAGCUUUAGAUAUCAGUAUUAAGACUGAGCCAUCAGAGGAUAUUAUGGAGUAUGAUAUGGGAGCUCCCUCAAGCAGCAGCAUUGAUAUUGUGACACCAGUAGCAGUGGGCAGGAGCACUUCUCCCUGGUUGGAAAGACGACGAACAAGCCCUGCAAAUUCUUCUGGAGAUUCGGCGAUUGCAAGCUGUCAUGAUGGUGGGAGCAGCUAUAGCAAAGAGGAACACGAGCAGAAAACUGACAGUCAUGAUGACAUCUCAUCGCAGUCGCUCUGGUCCAGUGAUGUUGGUUACAAUUCAUUUAGAGUCAAGGAGGAGCAGAUAUCUCCUUCGCAUUAUGGAGGUGCUGAACUGAGAGAAUCUCACAUUGGCAAGACCAUCACUUCACAGAACGCCUUUUCUGAUCAGGCCCCUGAGGUGUGGCAGCUGCCCGGUCGAAAAAAGAAUCGUAAAAAUAAGCAAACUGUGCGCCAUAUCACACAACAUAUUGAAGUGGACAGUAGAGCCAGUUCCCCAAUGCCAUCGAUGCUUACUGUUACAGGAUGGCCGUACAACAGCCGGGAUGGAUCAGGUGCAGAUGUCACUGAACCAAGUAGUUCAGAUAAUCGAGGAGACAGAUCCGAUUUCUGUCAGAAUCCAGAGGAACCACUAACCGGUGUAGAGUCAAAUUACCUUUCUCAGUUUGUUGCAUCCGUUAAAGAAGAACAGCAGGCAUCUACAGUGGCCAAUUUGAGAGCUGCACUUCUGAGCAAGCAUAACUUCUUAUCUGUCAAGUCUGAUCAACCAGGAGAUGAUAAUCCUAUUAUUUUUGAAUACUUGCCUAAAGGGCCCGGAAAUAGCUUGAAUCUCACAGAAGAUGCACAUGAUUUCCAACGGAGAGACUUGUCUCCACUGACUUCCCAGUUUUCAGAACAGUGUCUUCCCAGGAUAUUGCAAUGUGAUGAAAUGUUACUUAAACAAAUGUCGUGUAACUCAACUGAUGGACCGUCUCAGAUCAAGAUGGAUAGCACAGGGGGAAUCAUAACAUUAUCGAAGUAUUACGAACUUUCCAAUUCCGUUAAUGAAUUUACUGUGAUAAGAAAGAAGUUCAAAUGCCCAUACUGCAGCUUCUCUGCUAUGCAUCAAUGUAUCCUGAAGAGGCACAUGCGCUCUCACACAGGUGAAAGGCCAUACCCUUGUGAAAUUUGUGGCAAGAAGUUUACACGGCGAGAACAUAUGAAAAGGCACACCUUGGUCCACAGUAAAGACAAAAAGUAUGUUUGCAAAGUCUGCAACCGAGUCUUUAUGUCAGCAGCCAGCGUUGGCAUUAAGCACGGCUCUAGACGCCAUGGAAUAUGUGUGGAUUGUGCAGGCGGAAGUUUGAUGUCUCAGCUAGACCAGGAUGGUGCAGAUGAGUCUCCAGAUGGAUUGUUUGCUGCAGAGAAUCCGUACCCAGAUGAACAUGGGGAAAUGCAGUAUGCUGAUGAACAUGGGGAGGGCCCGUACCCCGACGAUCACGGGGAGGGCCCGUACCCCGACGAUCACGGGGAGGGCCCGUACCCCGACGAUCACGGGGAGGGCCCGUACCCCGACGAUCACGGGGAGGGCCCGUACCCCGACGAUCACGGGGAGGGCCCGUACCCCGACGAUCACGGGGAGGGCCCGUACCCCGACGAUCACGGGGAGGGCCCGUACCCCGACGAUCACGGGGAAGGCCCGUACCCCGACGAUCACGGGGAGGGCCCGUACCCCGACGAUCACGGGGAAGGCCCGUACCCCGACGAUCACGGGGAAGGCCCGUACCCCGAUGAGAAUGGGGAAAGUCAGUACCCCGAUGAGAAUGGGGAAAGUCAGUACCCCGAUGACCAUGGGGAAAAUCAGUACCCUGAUGACCAUGGGGAAAAUCGGUACCCUGAUGAUCAUGAGGACAGAGAAAGGGAGGUUGAUGAAGAAAUGGCAGAUGGUGAGGAGAUGAAGUGGAAGGAUGACGAUGUUAUUCCCCAGGCUGAUAUAGUUAUUGAAGAUGAUAAGGAGGUGAUUGAUUCCCAGCAAGACCAAGAGAAUCAAGAAAUUCCUGUGACAGAUGAUAAAGAUUUUGGAUGGAUUUCGCAGGAAAUGUAACCUUUUGGGUUACUUUUACAUUCUAGAGUGCACCAUAGUUCUUUAGAGUGCUAGCUGUUUCACUAAUGUACAUGUUAAAUUGUAGUCGGGCAGUUUUACAAGAACAUUAUAUUUACAAAGAAUACUAUUCAGAAAGAUAUUUACACCAGUGAUUUUUCAGGUUCAUUGUCCACUUGUGAAAUUUAGGAUUAGAUGUUAAAAUCUGGGGCAUUUUACCAGUGGUUCUAUACACCUUUCUUUCUUAAAUUUCAUAAUAUUUUUGAAGAAUGUUGGGAAAUUUAGAAAUUUCUAAUCAUUUUGUGAGCUGUUGUUGUCCUUUAAAAUAUUAUCUGGAUCUGGAUCCAGAUUGCCCACUAUGUAUACAGGAUCCAAAGCAUAUUGCUAACUGUUGCAAGAUAAUGAAGCAGCCAUUGAGCAACAAAAAUUUUAUCUAACUACUUGCUUCAUAAUUAUCAAUCCAUAAUAGUGCAAAUUAUCAUUCCCUCCGGCAGCCCAAAGUGCAAAUUGCUGUGAAAAUCCUAUCAUUAUAUGCGUUGGUAGAUUAGCCAUUACUGACAAUUAAUGCAUUAAAACAAGAAAGGUGUACAUUCCCAAACAAAAGAUUCUCCACUUUGCAAACUGAUGAGACAUUCCUUCAUUCUGUAACGUCUCUGUGCACACAAAUUUUACCAUAGGUUUAGUUUUGAGUUAGUGCAUUUUAAAUGUUCAUAAUGGGCUUGGCUGUGGCGGGUGUGAGUCAUGUGCUGCGUUGUUCUUUUAACAUUUCAAUGUCUAUAUUUUUGACCUCGUGGAGAUUAAUUUUUGGCUGUGUCAUGACAUGAAGCUUUCACAAAUUUCAAAGCUGUGCCAGAUCUCUCUGCUCUUUAGACAAGGAAGUAAGGAGUUAACUUAUUUGUUGCAUUGAAAAAAGGUAGCACAUGCUUUUUUAUUAGUUAUAAUAUACACUAAAUACUGAAUAUAUACCAAAUUAUAUGUUUUAAUAGAAUUUACUUUGGAUAUUUUACUGAUAAUUUUUGUUUAUCGUUUAGAAGAUGCAAAAAAAACUGGAAUUGUUCAAUAUAUUUCAGAAAAUCAAAUCUUAUCAUGUUUUGGCUUGUUAGUGGUAACGUGCAAAUCCUUACUAAAUUAAGCCAUAAUUGUGGUUACUUUUUAGAAAUCUAUAUUGUAUUUCCGAUUUCUGCCUUUUACAUUAGGAGUUUUGCCUGAUGAAAGUUUUUAAGAGUGCUGUGUGAGUAUGCUCUCAUAUAUUUAUUUUUUUUCAACAUGCUUUCAGCUGGAUUUGUUAAAAGUGCUUAAAGCUGUUGAAAUCUUCUCUGCUUGGAAUAUUAUUCUAUAUGAUACUGACUUUGUAAUUAUAAAACCUGUGUUUGUAUUCAAGAUGUGUUUAAUAUUCAGAGUUAGUUAUGAGUAGUGGGAGAAGAUGACUGUGCAUUGUACUGAUCUCUGUAAAUGUAGUAAUUACAUUUUUUUAGGUGAUUAUGCUUUCUGUAUCUUGGGCAUGCCAAAGGUCUGCCUAAAGUUCAUGUGCUGGGAAUAGCUUGGAUAUACUCACACCCGAAUCAAUCUUAAAUAAACCGGGAAGUGCUGCCAAAGCAAACCAA